AUGGUGAGAAUCAGUGUGCUCAACGAUGCUCUCAAGAGCAUGAACAAUGCUGAGAAACGAGGCAAGAGGCAGGUCAUGAUCAGGCCAUCCUCAAAAGUGAUUAUCAAGUUUCUUAUCGUCAUGCAGAAGCACGGUUACAUUGGCGAGUUUGAGUACGUCGAUGACCACAGAUCUGGCAAAAUCGUUGUCGAAUUAAACGGAAGGUUGAACAAGUGUGGUGUUAUCAGCCCUCGUUUUGAUGUUGGUGUCAAGGAGAUUGAAAGUUGGACUGCCCGUUUACUUCCUUCGAGACAGUUUGGGUACAUCGUUCUGACUACUUCCGCGGGAAUCAUGGACCAUGAAGAAGCCAGGAGAAAGAAUGUCGGAGGCAAGGUUCUCGGUUUCUUCUAUUGA